AUGACCCAAAAGAGACGUAAUCACGGUAGAUCAAAACACGGUCGUGGUAGUGUUCCAUACAUCAGAUGCACCAACUGUGCUAGAUGUGUCCCAAAAGACAAAGCUGUCAAGAGAUUCUACAUUAGACCAAUCGUCGAAAAUGCUGCCGUUAAGGAUAUUUCAGAUCAAGGUGUUUUCAACGUCAAAGGUUACAAAUUCCCAAGAACCUACGUUAAAUCCCAAUACUGUAUUUCAUGUGCUAUCCACAGUCACAUCGUCCGUGUUCGUUCAGUUGCCGACAGAAAAAUCAGAACCAGACCAUCCCGUCCAGGUGUCAAGAAACCAACUGCUGCCAAAUAA